ACUGUGAUCGAGUCUGUUUUAAAUUCAUUGCUCAGUCAGUGACAGGAGAGAUCACAGCCAUGGUGCCCUGUGUUUAUACCAUUGCCUACGGUAAACUGAUUCUGGCUCUUCUGUUGGCACCAACUUUCGCUGGAGGUAUGACCAGCAACACUAGCCUGUACCAAAUUACUCCAACCAAGGAGCCAGGCUCCACUUUAACACCAGGAUCUCGUCCCAGUCUUGAAUCGAAGCCAGGAUACACAAUGGAAUACACAGAGCAGACAAAUCAUAGUCGAGAGGUCCUAGGCAACAACAUGGAAUUUCUGUUCAAUGAGAGUUACAAAUACUGUGGCAAACCUUUUGAAAACAACAUUCAGAACACUGGGCAACAGCAGUGGUGCAGCUGGACAGCAAUUGCUAGCUUUUACAAUACCCUGACAGAGUGCUCGGAAAUUAUAAUGGAGUUUUAUGGAUCCUAUUGGCCAAAUGAAGCUGGUGAAAAGUUAUUAAUUCUGAUGCACAAUCAUUACUUUAAGGAUUGCUUCGUGGAGGAGGUUCCCACUCUGAGUGAUCCUCCUGAAAACAUAGUGCUGGGCCUCAUAAUGGUUCCAAUCAGCAUCAUACCCAUCAUUGUAACACUGGUUGUCUGGUGCAACAAAAACAUUGAGUCUAAUGCCAAAAAGUAGAUGCAGACAUUAAAUGUAACCCUUCUUAUAGUUUGCUUUGUCCUGAACUCCUGAUUUCCCAUCUCCCGUAAAUAUUUCCCGUAGCGAUUGCUGUUCUGACACAUUUCUCUGCUCCAUUAGUUUAUUCCUCCAUCCCCUCAAACUCUCUGCAGCAUUUCGGUAGUACUCUGAAAUUAAGAAUCUAAUGAUGACCGUGAAUCCAUUGUCGAUUGUCAGAAAAACCCAUCUGGUUUACUAAUGUCCUUUAGGGAAGGAAACUGCCAUCCUUAUCUGGUCUGGCCUACAUGUGACUCCAGAUCUACAGCAAUGUGGUUGACUCUUAACUGCCCUCUGGGCAAUUAGGGAUGGGCAAUAAAUACUGCCUAGCCAGUGACACCCUUGUCCAAUGAAUUAAUAAAGAAAAAAAAAAUCACCUUCUGCGAAACCUGAUUUUGGGAAAUGUUCACUGCUGACUUGGAUCACAAUUUAUCAUCUCAACAGCCAGCUUGAUGUCACUAUCAUUCUCUCAACUUCAUACUCUUUGUCCAAUGUCCAUUCUUCGAUCAGCUGUAAUCUUGUGUCAUUCAAUAUCGAAAAUGUGGAAUUCAUUGACUUUGGUCCCUCACUGCCUUAAGCUCUAUGACCUGAUCACCAACACCAACUCUCCCCCAACCACUUUCUCGGGCUGCUCACCUCCCCCCACCAUGGCCCUAUCUGCCUCUGAGCCUCCUGAUCACACAUUAACUCCAUCACUGUAAAUGUCUAUUUGCACCACCUUCAUAUCACUGGCCUCCACCACGACUUCUGCUCAUCCUUAUCAAUGGCCUUUGUUCCCUCAAGACCUGACUAUUCCAGUAUGUUUCUGGCCAGACUCAUGUUGUCCAUUCUCUAUAAACCUAACUUCAGCCAACUCUCUGCACAGUCACACCAAGCCCCAUUUAUCCAUCUUGCCUGUGUUGGUUGAUUUAAACUAAACAGGCUCUUGGGCCCUUAAUACGUUAGAUUUAAAGUUCUCAAAUUGUGUUUAAAUCUCUCCAUUAUCUUCCCUUCUCUGACACCUCCUGCAACCCUAUAGCCAAAACUAUCCGCCUUAAGAGAAAAACCUUUGUUUGGGCGAGUUUCCUUUGGUUCACCUCCCUGCACUUUGUUCCUUAUUCCAUUUAAUCCUGAAAGUUGGAAAACUCCCCUGAAUCUAACUGAUCUCUCCAGCUCCCUCACCACCUUCUUUUUGAUUGAGCAGCUGGUGCCUUUCCAAAUGUCCCAUUCUUUGGAUCUUUGUCUUUUUUUGUGUCUCGGUCUUAGGCUUUUAAUUAAAGAUGUAUGUAAAUUCAAGGAUGUUGAUGUUGUUGCUGGGAAUCUCUUGAGAAGUGGAUCUUUAUUCUUCAAUCAGCAGUGGAUCUGAUGACUUUGUUCACAAAAGAAUAAAUGAGAACUUUCCCCAAA